AUGUCUGCCCAUAUCAUCAUUGAUGUGCAGGGCGCCGCGUUGAUAGCUAUCGCCCUCUUCGCGAUCCGAAAUCACAUCGCAGUCCUCGUCAACAAAAUCCUGUCCACAGUCCUCAACGCAUACCUCUCGCGCCGCCACGCUAUCAGGAACAUUGACGAUGGCAGCAAAUUCCCCUCAAACGAUUAUGUGUGGCCAAAUGGCCAGGGUGAUGCGGCAAAGUUCUUGCAUGGACAGAAGAACAGCGAGGCGUGGGAGGCGAGCUUUGGAGCCAUCUAUCGUCUCUGGUCCGGUAUGACCCCAGAAGUUGUUAUCACCAAGCCGGAGCAUGUCCGGGUCGUCUUCAAGGACUCGGACAAACACUUCAAGGCCGUCAACAACAACUCUGGCUACAUGCUUGGUCAAUUGCUCGGGCAGUGCGUUGGCCUUGUCAGUCGUGACCAGUGGAAGCGCGUCCGUGCGGUCGUGGAGAAGCCAUUCCACCGCAGCAUGGCGACGAGGUAUGUUCCAACGGUGAGGACGCGCACAGAGCGUUACUUCCAAGAGCUCUUCGAGACAAAAGACUUAUCACGUGGCAUUCUCGACCCUGCAGACGACCUCAAGCUCCUCCCUUUCCUCAUCGUUGCCGAAGUCAUCUACGGACAGUUGCACCCAGAAGUGGAACAUGAGCUUCGCGACAUGGCACCGCAGCGCGAGGCUCUGAUGAAGUACGUUAUUCAAGGGGGUCUCGCUCGCUUUGAGUGGGCUAAGCAUCUCCCGACUCAGGCAAACCGCGACUUAGCUGCGUUCCGUACGCGCUGGCUAGCAGUCAAUGAGCUCGCAUACACUCGCGCCGUCGAAGCAGGCAUUAGCGCUCCCAUCAUCGACUACUUCGCCGCUCGUGAUAUUGGCGAGCUCACCACCAAUGAGAUGCUACAGACCAUGGACGAGAUGCUGUUCGCCAACCUUGACGUCACUAUCGGCGCUUUGAGUUGGAACGUUGUCUUCCUCGCCGCAUACCCCGACAUUCAGAGACGUGUGCGAGAGGAGAUCAAAACGAAGCGCGAUGAGCUGGAUAGCAUGGGUCUUGAAUUCGACUCUUACAUAACGGACAACAACUCCCUGCUAGCUGCCUGCGUCAAUGAAGCUGCGCGUCUCAAACCUCUCGCAGCAUUCUCUGUGCCACAGAGCAUCCCAACCGCCCGUGUCGUUGGGGGAUACGAGUUUCCAGCCGGCACGAACUUUGUCAUCGACUCUUACGCGCUCAAUAUCCGCAAUCCGUACUGGGGCGAGGACCGUGAAAAGUACCUGCCCGAUCGAUUCCUUUCUGGGGACCGCACUGAUGCUCGCUAUCAUUACUGGCGAUUCGGAUUCGGUCCGCGUAAGUGCAUGGGUCAGUUCGUUGCAGAUAUCUUGAUGCGCAAUGUUUUGGUGUAUCUUGCCGACAACUACGAUCUUGGAAUGAUCAAGUCUGAAUCAUUGGAGAGCUGGGGCCGGAAUGCGGACGUUUGGAUCGACCACCCCCAGAUGCAGCUUCGUUGCACGAAGAGGUGA